GAAGAUUCAAUUCAACGACUGUUGUUGAGUCCCGCGCCAAAAUUUCAAAUGACAACUGGCAUUCUGUCCGUCUUAUUGGCGGCGUUGAGUUGAUUUCCCUUUAGUUUGUAUACGAAGAACCGGGGAAUUAGACAAAAACGUGAUUGUUGACAUUUCAGUUUCUAAACCCUUAGGAAGUGCACAAGAUGAAUACCAAAAGGAAACCCACUGCAAACCCGAAUACGUCGGUGAAGCGACCAAAAUUUUACGAUGAUGACGAUGACGACCAAGGUACUGAGGCUGGCGGCUGGUCCGCGGAACUAGCAGCGAUGGAGGCCGACAUAGAUCAGGAUCUCAUUGUAGGCGAAGGACCGGAAAACCAGAAAACUUCGGUGAAAUGGAGUCGCCCAGAUCCACCUGAGUUGAAACCCGAACGCGAUGCAAUCAUUUUUCAACAAAUCGAUAUUGAACGAUACGUGGGGAAUCCAGUGCCUGGACCCCAAAAACCGCCAGUUCCCAUUAUCCGCAUGUUCGGAGUGACCAUGGAAGGGAACUCUGUGUGUUGCCAUGUACAUGGCUUUGCUCCGUACAUGUACGUUUCAGCGCCUAAAGGUUUCGAUAAAACGCACUGUGAUCCUUUCAAGCAUGCUCUCGACAAAGUCGUGCUCGCUGAUAUGCGUAGCAACAAGGAAGGAGUCCAGGAAGCCGUCCUGGCAGUGGAGCUCGUGGAGCGGCAGACGAUCUAUGGAUACCACGGCGAAGAUAAAUCACAAUACAUAAAAAUCACCAUGGCCUUGCCCAGAUUACUGGCAUCGGUAAAGCGAUUGCUCGAGAAGGCAGUUGUCUAUUCGAAGUUCGAUUUUCAAGAUUGUCGCGCCUUUGAAAGCAACAUCGACUUCGACAUUCGCUUCAUGGUGGACACCAACGUCGUUGGGUGUAAUUGGAUUGAGCUACCCCCAGGCACUUGGAAGCCCCGCAAGAAAUGGUCAAGCCUUCCACCGGAAUCACGUUGCCAGAUUGAGGUCGAUGUGGCCUACAACAAAUUUAUCUCCCAUGAACCGGAGGGCGAAUGGUCCAAAGUGGCUCCUUUCCGAAUCCUUUCGUUCGAUAUUGAAUGUUCCAAUCGGAAAGGCAUUUUCCCCGAGGCUAAGAUGGAUCCAGUUAUUCAGAUAGCGAACAUGUUGAUUCGCCAAGGUGACCCUGAGCCGUUCCUGCGUAACGUGUUCACACUGAACACUUGCGCCCCAAUCGUAGGGUGUGAAGUGUUGAGCUUUGACAAGGAAGUGAAUAUGCUGGAAGCCUGGUCGGAUUUUAUUCGCGAAACAGACCCGGACAUUCUGACCGGAUACAACAUAAACAAUUUCGAUCUUCCUUAUCUUUUGGACCGCGCGAAACACAUCAAAGCGGGGAAGUUUGCAUACUUGGGACGCAUUACAAACAUUCAAUCAGUCAUCAAAGACCAAAUGUUGCAGUCCAAACAAAUGGGACGUCGAGAAAACAAAUAUGUGAAUUUCGAAGGACGUGUGCCAUUCGAUCUGCUGUUCGUCUUGCUGCGGGAUUAUAAGCUGAGAUCGUACACACUGAACGCCGUGAGCUACCAUUUCCUACAAGAACAGAAGGAAGACGUGCACCAUAGCAUAAUCACAGACUUGCAAAAUGAGAACGAGCAAACUAGGCGCCGCUUGGCCAUGUACUGCCUUAAAGAUGCUUAUCUACCGAUUCGUUUGCUCAACAAACUCAUGAGUAUUGUUAACUACAUGGAAAUGGCGAGGGUGACAGGCGUAUCGCUGGAGAGCUUGUUGACCCGUGGGCAACAAAUCAAGGUUAUGAGCCAACUUCUACGGAAGGCCAAAAGUAAGGGGUUCAUUAUACCCACCUACUCCGGCCAGGGUUCGGAGGAACAGUACGAGGGAGCAACGGUCAUCGAGCCGAAACGUGGAUAUUACGCCGAUCCUAUUUCGACCCUUGAUUUCGCUUCCCUGUAUCCCAGUAUCAUGAUGGCGCAUAAUCUGUGCUACACGACUUUGGUGCAGCCAGGGAUGAAGGAGAAGUUGGGCCUCACCGAAGAUCAGAUCACAAGGACUCCGUCAAAUAAUUUCUUCGUCAAAGAGUCCGUGCGCAAAGGUCUGCUUCCUGAGAUUCUAGAAUCGCUCCUGGCUGCCCGUAAACGAGCCAAAAAUGAUCUUAAAGUCGAGACUGAUCCAUUCAAACGAAGCGUUCUUGAUGGUCGUCAGUUGGCUUUGAAAAUUUCCGCCAACUCUGUGUACGGUUUUACGGGCGCUCAAGUGGGCAAGUUGCCGUGCCUCGAAAUCUCUGGCAGCGUAACGGCUUACGGUCGGACAAUGAUUGAAAAAACGAAAAAUGAAGUGGAAAGCAAAUACACGAUUGAGAAUGGAUACGAGAAUAAUGCUGUCGUAAUCUAUGGCGACACGGAUUCCGUGAUGGUGAAUUUCGGUGUAAAGACUCUGGAACGGAGUAUGGAGCUGGGCCGUGAGGCGGCAGAGUACGUGAGCGCAAAGUUUGUGAAGCCGAUAAAGUUGGAAUUCGAGAAAGUUUAUUUUCCAUAUUUACUGAUUAACAAGAAGAGGUAUGCGGGACUGUAUUUCACGAGGCCUGACAAAUACGACAAAAUGGACUGUAAAGGUAUCGAAACAGUUCGUCGUGACAAUUCACCACUAGUAGCGAAUCUCAUGAACACUUGCCUUCAAAAAUUGCUAAUUGAAAGGAAUCCCGACGGGGCUGUAAGCUACGCAAAACAAAUAAUCUCAGAUCUACUAUGCAACCGCAUCGAUAUUUCACAACUUGUGAUCACAAAGGAACUAGCGAAAACCGAUUAUGCUGCGAAACAAGCUCACGUUGAAUUAGCGAAUAAAAUGAAGAAACGAGAUCCGGGAACGGCACCGAAACUCGGGGAUCGAGUUCCAUACGUGAUUAUUUGUGCAGCAAAAAAUACUCCAGCUUAUAUGAAGGCAGAAGAUCCAAUCUACGCAUUGGAGAAUUGCGUCCCAAUCGAUUCAAACUAUUACUUGGAGAAUCAACUGUCCAAGCCUUUGUUGCGGAUAUUUGAACCGAUUCUAGGGGAGAAAGCCGAGUCGAUUUUGUUGAAGGGAGAACACACUCGCACCCGAACAGUAGUCACAUCCAAAGUUGGCGCCCUGGCUGCAUUCACGAAAAAGAAGGAGACAUGCUUAGGUUGCAAAGCUCUAUUGCCCAACGGCUACGAGAAAUCUGCUUUGUGCCCUCAUUGCGAACCAAAACGAUCGGCCUUGUAUCAACAGGAACUUUCAGCUCAACGAACACUCGAGGAGAACUUUUCGCGUCUGUGGACGGAAUGUCAACGUUGUCAAGGAUCAUUGCACGAAGAAGUCUUGUGCACGAAUCGAGAUUGUCCUAUUUUCUAUAUGCGUAAGAAAAUCCAGAUUGAACUCGAUGGCCAGCAGAAACGGGUCGAACGGUUUGGGAUUCCGAGUUGGUGAUGAUGCAUUUCUAUGUUUCAGUGUUCAAUAAUUUUGUUUUUAAGUAAGGAGGAUUUUAAGUUGAUUGUUAUGUAUGUAAUAAACUUGUAUACACGAGUAUUUGAAAUUUUUGAUU